AUGGCAUGGUUCUACUGCAUCGAGAAGUUCGCCGUCCCUUCGGUCGUGGACGACACAAUAUGGUCAUAUGCAUAUGUGCCAAUAGGAACGGCGCUUACAGCUUUAAUCACUCAUCUCGCCAUGGUCUACAGAAUUUUCUGCAUCUCGAAGAACGUGAUGUUGUAUGGUGGUUUGGUCCUGGCUUCCGUCUGUUCUUUUGCGACCGGGAUUGCCUCUGGGAUCAGAAUUUGGAUUUUACCUAACAUCUCGACGCAUACAUCGCUCCGGACCUUGAUUGCGUGGUGGCUGGGAAUUCAAGCUGCACUAGAUAUUGUCAUUGCUGCCCUAUUGAUCGCACUAUUACAGAAACAACGAACUGAAGACCACGGCUCGAGGACCAACAGUGUGAUCAACCGUCUCAUCCGUGGGGCAGGACAGACUGGCCUGCUACCGGUACUUUUCGCCUUUUCUGCCCUUGUUGCCUUCCUUGUUAGGCGAAACAGUAAUUUGUAUAUUAUGUUCAUCAUUCCUAUCGGACGGACGUAUACCACGUCAUUUAUGGAUGGAUUAAACGGGAUCACGUCCGAAAUUGUUUGGCGUAAUCCGACAAAAAGCGUCAUGGCUGUUCAAGUUUCUAUAGACCAAACCCAUCACCAAGACAUAGAAGCACAGAAGGUCAACUCGUUACCAGAUCACGUACCAGCAGGACAUUCGAAGCCAUCCCUGGACCGACCUCUUCCAACUGUCGUUAUACAUCCUCCUAGUGAUGCUUAG